AUGGAUAUUGAACUUGGAUAUCCAAUAACAACACAGGCAGUAAAUAGUACUGACUUCCAUCUGUUCAACAUAGAAGAAAAUGGAGGAACCCCCUUUACAUCAAAAUUAUCUGGAAGAUAUCACCACCAUCAUCACCACCACUCUUCAUUUGGUUUAUUAUCUCCUGAUGGCAAAGACAUGAAUUCUGGUGGUACCAGUAUAAGCAAGGUGUCAUCUGUAGGUCUAAUUAAAUAUGAAGAUACUUUAGUACAUUUAAAGAAGACUGAUGCUGAAGCCCCGGUGAUAACAUUGCCAUGGCCACCUGUGCACAUCAAUAUAAAGGGAGAAGAAAAUAAUGUACAUGAAAAAACCCUUCACCCACCCCUGUCUCCCUCAUCUCUUUCUGAUUAUAUGAAGUACAACCUUCUUAAAGCGCAGAUAGAUUCUUCUUCCAGAGUGGGGCCACAGACACUGAAAGAUGACAUAGGCCCAUCUGAAUUCACUAAGAGUCCAAGCCUGCAGGACACUAAUGUAAGGAGUCCAACUUCAAUUCGAAGUCCAAUUUCGCUACGCAGUCCUACUUCAUUAAAGAGCCCUACUUCAUUACGGAGCCCUACUUCAUUACGGAGCCCUACUUCAAUACCGAGCCCAGUUUCAAUACAGAGUCCGGCUUCGUUUCGUGGUGAAAGUACACAGUCCACAGGAUCCUCAUCGAGCAAGCCAGAAACCCGACCUCCAAAAUUAAAGAAGUUGACAAGACAAUUCAGCUUUGAUGAAGAUGACCUUCCUCCUGCACUGGCAGCCAUGGUUGCGGAGUCUGCUGCUGAACAAAGAGCUGCACUUAAGCAGGCUUCAAACGGACAUUCUCAGUCAUCGUCUAUUGAAAAGAGCCCAAGUAAACCAAGUUCAUUCACUAAGGAGUCAGGAGAACUUCUUAUGGAUUUUACAGAACUAACUCCCAUGGUGGAUUUAUUGGAGACACCAUUGCAACAAUUUCCUGCUGUACAGCUAUCUCCCAAGAGACUGUCUCCAUCAAUGCACAGGGUGCCACCAUGGUCACAUAUAAACCAAGCACAAGCAAUUCAGGCAAGCCAUUCCUUACAGGUUACAAUAGUAGACAGUUCAGAGGCACUCAGACGGGAACUUGAAAGAGAGAAGAUGAUGAAAAGACUUUUGAUGACAGAACUGUGAAAUUCCUGUCUUCAUUAUAAAAAUGCUGGAUUAAGGCCUACAUGGUGCCUUUUUUCUUUUUACAUUCCACUGUGUACUUUAGGCACUGCAUUGCAGAAAGGCAAACUUGCCCUACUAUGAUUAAAAUGCUGGGCCUAAACUAGUGAUGGAGCAAGGCAAAGUCACAUAAUUGCAUGCAAAAUGAACAGUGUUUAUCUCCAAAGAUGUUAAUCUUGUAUGAUACUUUUAUGCUCAAUAUAGAAAAGAAUAACAGUAUGCAGAUAAUUUUAUUAGCUAAGGGGCAGAUUUAUUAAUGUUCAAGCCUCCAGAAUUUACACCUUUCGUAUUGUUCCACCAAAUAUAAAUUUGCUGACCACUAACUGGUAAGAGAUAAACAGGUUAGAAAGAUGUAAAGGAGAUAGUUGUGUUCUGGCUCCAGCCUUUACAGAUUAAAUUUUUGGCUAACGAAAAAUAUUGAAAACAUUUGUUAUUUUUCACAGCCUAUUUACUCAGUUUUAUUUUUACACUUAAAUGUUCUUCUCAGGUCAGUUUUUCAUAGCCAAAAAAAACAUGAUCAUUUAUGGUAAGCAAAACCACUUAUAUAAUGUAAUUAUUUCAAUCUCACAAACAGUGUAAAUGUAGAGCUUUUGCUUUUUUUUCCCUUGUGCAAAAACUAUAAACAUAGGAGCCGAAAAGAGAAAGUAUCUUUGUGGCUUUCCUCUUACCUCUUGAAUUAGCAUCAACCACAGUAUUGUGCUUGACAUAUAUUAAUGUUUUAUGUACAGUGCAUUCAGUAAUAUUUUUACAGUGGUAUUGCUAUUUUAUAGUUGGCAUGGAACAUCCUAUUGUUUAUGUUAGUAAUGUGUCGUUUAGGCUUUACUGCAUAACUGCAAGAGUGUAUAUUUCUAAAAAGGUGAUUUAGAAGGAAGCACUUAAUUACCAUGCAGGUUUUUAUAAAGCUCAUUGAGUCAUUCAUUAGCCUAUUUUCAUGUUUUGUACCUAUAAAGACAUCAAAGGUCCAUCAAAGGUUGAAAUAACAUUUGCAUGUAACUGUUUAUUCCCUUAUCAAACUUUGUUUUAAAUUGUGUAAUACUUUUAAAUAAGGAAUCUUUGAUUGUCAUGAUUAUCUAUAUAAAAUGAGCAUGAAGA